UUGGAGAGCAAUGGCCGCAGCUUUGGACACAGAAUUCCCCAUCUUUCUCGUCACUGGCCCCAACAGGAUGGAGAUGGACCAAAACGGCGACGUAUUGUUCAGUUUUUCCGACACCGUUUUUGGGUUUUGGGAGGAUCUCGAGGCCCCACCGGAAAAUUCAUCAGUCUCCGAUGACCCUUUUCAAGACGACGAUGGUGAUCGAGAAGAAGAUGAAGAUGAAGCUCUUUGCUCUGUGGAAAACAACAAAGUUUUCUGGGAAGAACAAUACCACCUUCUCCGGGCAACUUUAUACAGGACUAGUUCAAUCGAGGCAAGAGUUAGGAAAGCUACAAAGGAGGGUCUAAGAGAAUUGAAUAUGUCGGAGAAGCAGUGCAUUUGCCGGCGAACGGUGGAUGUUAAGAGUUGCCGGAAUUGCUUGAGGAGGGAAAUUUGUGAUCGCUUGUUGAACCUUGGUUACAAUUGUGCCCUAUGCACAUCUAAAUGGAGGACUUCAUCGGAAAUCAAAAUAUCGGGGGAGCACACUUAUCUGGAAGUAAUGGAUAACUCAAACACUAAAAAAGGAGAAGUAAAAGUGGUAAUUGAACUGAAUUUUCGAGGCGAAUUUGAGAUGGCACGAGCCAGUGAAGAAUACAACAAAUUAAUUAGCCAGUUACCCGAAGUAUAUGUUGGAAAAAUAGAGAGGUUACGAGUUAUAAUUAAUAUUAUGUGUUCAGCUGCACAAAAAUGCAUGAAGGAAAAGAAAAUGCACAUAGGACCUUGGAGGAAAAAGAGGUACAUGCAAUCUAAGUGGCUUGGCAUGACAAAUAAUAAUAGGUCCAAAAUGACACCACUUCCUAUGGUUUACUCUGAACAACCACGAAAUUCUAGGGCUUCAAUGCUCACCUGUGAUUUUUACUAGAAAAUUAGUAUUCAUGGCCUUUAUAUGUGUUGCUCGUUGCUGAAGUUGUGUGAUUAUAAAUGGUGAAUAAUUUUGCCCACUCUGU